UAACAGGCUCCACGGGAGAGAACUGAACUCACAGAGCGAAGCGACUGCAGCCAUUGCACUCUUGACAUAAUGGAGCUCUAUCUGGACCUAUUCUCCCAGCCCUGCCGUUCCGUCUUCAUGUUUGCCAAAGUGCUCGGGAUUCCCUUUGAGUUUAAGUCCGUCGAGCUCUCUGCAGGGCACCAUCACAGUGAGGAGUUUAAACAACUCAGCAUCGUGAAGAAGGUCCCUGUCAUGAAGGAUGGAAGCUUUGUUCUGACAGAAAGUAUUGCCAUCCUGAUGUACAUGGUGCAGAAACAUUCGGCAUCAGUGGCAGAUCACUGGUAUCCAGCUGACCUGCAGCAGCGAGCUCGUGUUAACGAAUACCUCUCCUGGCAGCACAUGAACCUCAGAGCUCAUGGUUCAAAGGUCUUCAUGCUUCGGGCUCUUUUUCCAGUCAUCAUGGGCUCUGAGCCCCCGCAGGAGAAGGUGGACGAUGCCACAGAGGACCUGACGCAGUCGCUCAACCUGCUGGAGGAGAAAUUCCUGCAGGACAAACCGUUUAUUGUUGGCUCCAAAAUCUCUCUGGCUGAUCUGGUGGCUAUAGUGGAGAUCAUGCAGCCUGUUGGAGCCGGACUGGAUGUAUUUGAAGGGCGACCAAAGCUGAAGGCCUGGAGAGAACGGGUGAAGAAGGAGCUCGGUGAGUCGCUGUGGGAUGAAACUAACGAGAAGAUCAUGAAUGUGAGCAGCUUGAUGCAGAAGAUGCAGAGCAAAGAGCUGGAAGUGCACAGACCCAUGUUGCAGAAGAUUUUCCGCUGAAGAAGAAAGAAGAAAAAACCAAACAAAUCUCUUCACAUUUUUUCAACAUUAAACCUUUAAACAACCACCAUAUAUAAUCUUGAUUUGCAUGCAAUACAAUCUCUUUCAUUUAACAGAAAUUUUGUAUCAUUUAUUAAAAACAUGUCAAGUAAAGAAACAGCAGAUAGAGUAAAUUUAGUUUCCUCAGACACGUUCAAUCUUUAAUGGAUAACACCUGCAGAAUGUAGUCAAAUAAACAGUAUUUUAUAGCAUAUACAACAUUUGCAUUCGUUAUUAUUAUGGCAAAAUAGGCCAUUUAGAGUGCUGACCCUCUCUGAAUCAGACAAAUAUGAAGCUCACACUGCUAGAUGUAGAAAGUAAAAGCUGCAUCAUUCUCCGUUAAUAUUUUGUGGAGUUGAAAUAUAAGUAAGUACCCGCUUAUACCAUGGUCACAAAUAAAUAUUAGGUCAAUUAUUAAUAUGUUAAUGUUGUUUUUUACCACUAAAAUCAUAAGUUUUUCAGAAGCGGCUGAGCGGACUUUUUAACAUCUCCCGUCCUUCCUAUAGCGCUUCAGCAUCACCUUGAGAACGUGCCUUGAACACCGUGUCGCUAAUGAUGUUUACGGCUCGCAAACUCCUAAAACUGGCAACACUGUUCUGCUCCUUCCUUAGUCGACUGGACAGAGGCAUAAAACAGCCGCAAAAUGUCACUGAGAGUAGUGGCAGUGUAGCUCUCAAAGUUGAUGUCCAUGUUUUUCAGAGCCAGGAAGUCUCUGGUUUUCUUUGUGUUAAUCUCAUCCUUAUCAUCCUCUAAAUUGUCCAGUUCCUCCGGUGUCACCUCGAUGUGUCGCAUCUCCUUCUUCUUUUCAUAUUCUCUUCUCUCUUUCUCCUCUGCUUCAUCCCAGUAAUGAUUCAAAAUGAUCAAAUUCACCAAAUAGGUUAAAGUUAACUAUAAAAUCACAAAUUUUUGUCAACUGUGUUGCGUUUGUGAUAAAUAAACUGUGAAAUAAAGUA